AUGACCCGGCCCAACGACCCCCUUACCCACAUUCCACCCUUUGCGAAACCGCUCGCUCCUUACGUCAAACCCCGUCAGGAAGCUCUCCGCAUCCGCCAGGCAUUGACGUCGUAUCUUCGCUCGUUCAUCGUGUUCGCCGAUGAUGCUGACCCGCCGAGCCACGCCCAGCCGCACCUCGCCCUAUGCGCGGCGGCCGACGCCGUACUCGAUGUCAAGCGCUUCCCUGCGGAUCUCCCGGGCCUCCGAAACGGAUAUCUGACGGCGCUACAAGCCAAUGUUGCCGCCCGGAAGGGUUUCCUCGCGGUGACGGAGGAUGUCGCUUCGCUGAGGCGUCAGCUGGCACCCAAGAGCCGCCCUGCUGAGAUGGCCGAACCGCAGGAACCCGGCGCCGAUCUGCGAGAUUAUCUCCAACUCCUGCGAGAUCAGCGACGUCAUACCAAGCUGCAGGUGUUUCAACAUUAUCUAGAAGAGCUCAGGGCGAAGGAUGCGGACGGAUUAGAACAUUUUGGUGCGGGGGAGGAUCCGAGUCAACAACCAGUCCUGCCUGAAGCCUUGAAUCCGGAUGUACCAGAUCGCAAUAGCGCAGAUACAGACCUCGAGGGUGUGGUGCAUAAGCUUGAAAGGGCGGUGGUGCGGGCUCGGACCCAAUUGGACCGGGAGAAGCAGUUAUUCGAGAAAGUCAAGAUGGAGCAUGCCGCGAGGAAUGACACAUCUCUAGAUGAGAUCACCCCAACCCUGAAAGCACAGGCACUGCAACGGACACGCGAUGAGCUGGUGCAGUGGGUGGAGGAACGACUGGUCAGUGAAGGUGAUCCGGACGAGAGUCUCAUACAAGACCUGCCUCCCGAGGCGAUCGAAGAGGCACAGCGUCUGCUGGAGCACCAGAAGAUGCAAAUCAACGAGCAGUAUGCUACAUACCUUCAAGCGCGACGAGAUCUCCUCGACGCCGCCUCGCGAGCUUGCCAACCCAUUACCGUGACCUCAAAACCUUCCCCGCGACCAACCUCCAGCACCGAGAUCGUCUCGGAGGAACAACCACCGCCGGACCCACUAGACGUUCUAUCAUACACCAACGAGACUCUCGUACCACUUUCAAAGAGUCAAAAGGCUCUGGCUCUUCAAAAAUCCUAUCUCGCUGGACUCCUGGCCAAAGAGAAAUCCACGACUCUCCGCGCCCUCCACCGUCUCUCAGACGAAAGCCACCUCCUCCCCGAAUAUCCCAUCCUCGCCCGACAACCACGCUUCAAGCACGCCGUCGCGGCUCUCAACUCUCGAAAUUCACCCCCUGCCUUGGACCGCAGCCCACCCGACGAAGUGGUCUCCCUUGCCGAAGCGUGGGCCUUUGCCUCUGAUGCGGCCGCCGCCAGCGAGCGAGACUACGUGCAACAAAAAGUCAUGCUAGGCACUGAGGUCGCGCAGGAUGCGCGCAAGUUGCUGGGUGAUGUAUAUGGCACGCUCAACCAGGAUCUUGAAAAGGUGUUGCGGGAUGAUGCCGCGCGCAAUCCAGAUGCGUCCGAUAUUUGGGCCUCCGAAGCUCGCUCAACCCGAGGGCUGGCCUCCGCCGGUGGGUCUCGGCUGGAGAAGCGACCGAGGGGACCCUGGUCAGGCUUGAACGGGCGUGUCGGAGUCGAAUGA